AUGUGUACAAUCAUAGCAAGUAUUAAGCGUUUGGAAUCACAUUUCGCCGUCACCGUAACUGAGGUAGAGAAAAUAGUAGAAGAUAUUAACUAUAUGAGAACUCAUGAUCUUCCUAGGAUAUAUGCGCCAUUAUAUUUACCCCAUUCCCUGAGCUACAAUCUUCAAAUGACCUAUCGGGAUGGAAAUCUUGCAAACGUUCCUGUGAGUCUUUUGGUCGAGGGCGAUAUAAUCAAUUUGCGACCUGGUCAAACAAUUGGUUGUGACUGUAUUCUAGUGACUGAAGCGCCUGAUGAAGGUUCAGUGAGAUAUAGUGCCGGUGAUAUUUUUUUACCUCACCUCGCAAAAGACCUCACCAAUCGAAGCCCUUACCCUUCGAUGCAUUUGGUAGACAACUCCCACCUAGCAGUCGUCACUGCUUCACCAGUCAUUGAACAGAUUAAAAACAUCCUGAAGCAGAAGGCCCAUAAUAAAAAAACCCAGAUACAAAGCACAUCAUCGUUUGUAUUCCUCAGAGGUUCUGUAUUCUGUUCACUCAUGAUGGCGUCAGUCACCUUUAUCCUUGGAAUCAUAAUUUCGUCCAUAAGAGUCUUCGUGCACAAUCGCUUGAUGCUGAUAUCGGUCGGUACUAUGUGGGCUGUUACAAUGAGUGCUUUUCUUCUUAUCACUGCAAUCAGUCUAUUUGCUCCACUUAUAUGGAUUCUAACUCUUGGAAUGAGUGUCGCCCACCUUCGUAAGUACGCGAGGUCCUGUGGACUCACAAACAGAAAAAUGAAUUCGUCCUCCACUCGUGGCCUUUCAUUGCUGCGAAAUUUGGUGAAAACUGUUCUCGUUCAGCCUGAUUCGCGUAUGGAGCAGCUACUGUUACACCUCGGUCGAAUCAGUAGAAUGUGUUUUGUAGAUAAAAAGGGGAUAAUAAGUCUUCCAAUUCCUACACCAGAGAAACUCUUCUUCUUUCGUGAGCGCCAAAACCGACAUCGUAAAGCAAUGCGCACGCGUUCUCUUGGCCCCAACCCCAUUCCCCCAUCAAAUGAAUUUCUUGCUCCUCCACCACCCACCUCGAGCUCUUUCGGCACAUCCAGAAGCCCUAUUAAGGCGCGAAACAUCAUUUCCUGCCAUGCCGUCGAAAGCCGCUUCUGGAGAUCGCGGGGCCCACGCAGCUCCCUUCUAAACGACCCAUGUGUUCCAGAAAUCCUCAAUAUCAACUCUCCGCCCGAUUAUCUUUACAAGCCUCACUUCGAAUCUCCAAAAUGGGGUAGAUAUUUGGACUGCCUCAAGCCGAUCGGCCUCAAUCUCCUGCUAAACAACUGUCAACCCCUGACUCGCGAGCACUACGCGGCUUUUGCGGACCACCUCACGCGAAUAACAGCCGUCAGUCAGCAGUACUUUGCAAAAGACGGAUCUCAAAGCAAGGCUGAGGCAGUUGCGGUAGUGAAUAAUCGCUGUCUUUGUGGUCUCGCCUACCAUAUGGGCUUUCGAUCUUCUGUGCUGCAACAUUACUCCCUUGCGGCCAGUUUAGGCAUCUAUAAGGCGAUAGAAAAGACCGAUAACUGCUUAAUUCGACCCAAAUCUGGCGCAUUCAACAGCGGACAGAAGGAAAACUUGCUGUAUUUCCGAAGUCAGGCUCUUCGAAUACAGGAGGCUUAUGCUUCAGUACCCAAGGAUAACUCGACUGAGCCCAUACCUGUACCUUACUGCUUCUGCACAAUCUACCGCGAAGCUGUGAGUUGUGGGUAUCACGUGAUGACCCAGGGUUCUGGCGACUUGGUCACAGCCCUGUGCACCAAUUUUUGGAAUGGUCGUGAACUUCUAUCUCUCAUGGACUCUGAACGCAGCAAAAUGCUCGAUUUCUAUAACCUGAAUGUCUCUACAAGCUACUGUUUGGCUUUUGCCUACAUGCCGCUCUUGCAGUCAACUCCCCUGGUGCAAGACAAUCGGCCAGAUGGUGAUCGUGCUAAUCGGGCGCCCUUCCCCGUCCUCAAAUUGCCCGUGAACUUCGAGUUAAGAAGCCGACUGACCACACGACCCUCCUCAACAUCCACAGUCCGCCCCACUGAUGUGCUCUUUGAUUCUCUUGAGUCUGUCCAACACUAUCCGAAACGGCGGCUUACUAGAAACGCGUUUCCCCCCAACCCCUCAAUCGCGGGUAGUUCGGGUGAGGGGCCUCGGAAGGUCAGUAAUAUCGAUAAGAAGCAGAAACUGAGAACCAGACUCCCCCGAGUAGCUUUCAGCUGUGGGUCCUUGCCUCGCCUGGCCUGUCAAACCAACAGUUCGACAAGCACAGCCUCCGAAUUCCCCGCUGAUUCAGCCGCUCUACAGGACGCUUUCAGUAAGCAAAUCUUCCUCGGAAUGGUAAGUCUGCAGUACCAGGCGAUGCCGGGCAUUGUCGAGACUAUUCGCAAACUAAACCAGGCCUGCAUCCGCUUCGUGCACUUCUCUCAGGUUCACAAGAAUCUGACACUUCGUACUCAAUUAUAUCAUAACACGAAGCCUUAUGAGGUUGUGUUCAGUGAGAGGAGUCAGAAGUUGAGUCGAGAGCUUUCUCUUCCACAGGACAACCAGCUGCGCAGUCGGGUGUUCGCGGAGCGAUUGGGCCUGGAGGCGGACUGGAACUGCCACAUAUCGCUGGCGGAUCCGCCACCGGAAGUCAGUCGGACAACUUCACAGGGCACCCGCACUGGACACCUUACCUCUGUCCCAUCUCGCACCUCUUCUAUUGGUACUGGUCUGUUGCGAAGGCCAAAUGUCUCGCUCGGCCACGGCGGAGUCGCGGUUCUUAAGCAGCCCUAUUCUCUCAGCUCGCCAAACGUGGCUCGUGUAGGUGUUCAAAUUAAGAAGCGAUCGGUGGUGGCAGAGCCCGUGGUGGCGGAGGCCGUGUCCAAUUCCUCCAUGCCUUUGGUGGGGGGUGAAGAUGGUGACAUGGCCACUAGCGGCCUCUGGAUAGGUUUUGAUAUGGACACGGAGGUCUCAGAUGAUCGGGUUCAGUGGUCUCCUCCAAAUGCCAGCACGAAGGCUUCUAACGCCUCGUUGAACAUCGUUCCCGAAGAGGCGAGAAAGUCAUUUGCCUUCGAAGACUCCGUUUUUUUAAGCUCCUCCUCCUCAUCAUCAUCAUCCGAUGUCAAAUCCGUCGACGCUGAUUCGCAAGAGGGAUUGAAAGACCAUCCACAGCUCGAGGAAGAUGCUUACAACUAUGUCUUUGCUAACAAGUCCAGGUUACCUUCCGGCAUCAGAAAUAUUCGGUCUCACCUGGAGAAUGUUGACAAUGUGCCUCUCAAAGUUUCCCUCUUCACUGACUGCACACCAUCAGCCGUUGGUGAGAUGAUUGGAAUAAUGCAGGAGUAUGGCGAGACGGUGUGUGUGGUGGGGAGUUGUCUGUCAAUGACGAAUGCGGAGCUCUUCUGUCGCGGUGACACCGCGAUCGCCCUCUUCCCCCUCCUGCCACGUGUCUGUGGCCACGAGCCCAUAGCACCAGUCGUAGGGGCGAAAGAGUUGAAUACAGGCGACAUGACGGACUGCGCCAGUUUGCCCCUCCUCAAUCUCGCGGGGCGCCUCGUUGCUCUUGGUGCCGCCCUCAUCUCUCGUGCCUCUCUUGCCGACUUUGAUAUUCUUCAGCUCGUCUCGCAGGCUCAUGCCUCAGUCAACAACAUCCACCUCUGUAUAACCUUUGCCAUUGCCUCCUCCUUCGCCGCCGCACUUUUCUACCUCCUUUCACUCGCCUUUCUGCCAGCCUUUCCAGUACAAUUUGGUCCGAUGGGCUCCACCCAACCGCCUGACACUUUAGUGUGGCUUCCACCCGUCCUAUUGGGCGCCACUGGACCAAUGGAAGCAGCUGGUGGUGCGGUUGUGGGCCAUAUCGCCAUUGGUGGACAGGUGCUGUGGCUUACUGUGGCCGUUAUUCCAUGCCUCGCCACUAGCAUUUUCGGCAGAACCGUGGAAAGAAACCACCCCCUUCAGCAACCACCCGUGAAACGCAAUGAAAUGUUUAGUCGUGAACGAAUACUUCGACUACUGUGGGUGACUGCAGCGCGCUUUCUUCCCUCCGUGGUGAUAUGCUGGGCCGUGAGUCUUAUCCAAACCUUCAUCACCUGCCCCACAUACAUUGACCACCGUCUCGUCUGCCUACCGCACUCCCUUCUCAACCCAGUCUACGCGAAUGUAUCUUUAGCCAAGCUUCCUGAAUACGCGACAGUUCUACUGAAUGUGACUAUUUCACAGGAAAUACCCUUUUUCCUUCUCGUCACCUACCUAGUGCUCAUAUCAUUCAGUUACGCAAACUCGGGUCAAUGGAUUCACCACUGGCGGAUUAGUACAAACCUGCCAUGGCUUAUUUUGUCCGUAAUCAUAUUACUAGCUCACACAAUUUACCUUGCCAUCAUUCUUCUCUGCAAUGACAAAGUCCUAACUGGUGAGCAACAUCGCUAUUUGCUGGUCACACUGGCCUGUGGCCUUCUCUGGUGCCCGAUUCUGCUUCUCGUGAACGAAAUCAUUAACUGGAAGGAACGCGCGAUCACCAACGCGGAGGACCGAUUCGCUAAACUAUUUUUCGACACCAAACUGGGAAUGUACUCCCCUGUCUAG